AUGCAUGCCGAACAGACAAAUCAAUCGCAGUUCACCUCGAUACCCACAAGCGACGCGACUAUUAUUUUCGGUCUAGCCGAAUUAUUCAGUAGUAUUCAAACAAUUGCUCCAUUGGUUAGCGAGCUACAACAAUCAUACGAACGUAGCAUGACAUCUGCUGCAGUGGAUCAGCCAGAAAGAUUAAAUGCCUGGCAACAAGCCGCCCACCCAUUUUUACAGCAUCAAACCAGGUUUUCUCGUAUAGCAACCACCCUUGAAAGAAUAAAACAUGGUGAAGCCGUGACCCCGCAAGCAUUGUACACAACAGCUCAAGACCUCCAUGCUAGUAGCCUGGAAUUCAACAGAGUAAGAAGCCGCUUGAAUUCACAUUUAUCCACUGAGCUAGAAAAAUACAAGCUCAUGGAGAAGUGGCCAAAAGCAUUCACAGGUGUUGGCGUCGUAGGCGUGGGGGCUGGAGCUAUCCUUCUAGCAUCAAACCCUGCAGGCUGGGCUGUCACUGCAGCAAUUUUGGGCUUAGGUGGUGUCGUAUCAGCGGCCACUGGGGGUUGGCAAUGGAUGAAAAUUUCCAAGAAGAGGAAAGCAAUUCGAAAAGUUCAAGAAGACCUGAGAGACCUGGCCGGCGUUUUCAAUGAGGCCCGGCAUGAUAUCGCCAUAUUUAUCUGCUGGGCUGUGCUUGGUAUUGAGUUGAACCAUCUAGGUGAUGCGGAGAAGAGAGCUUUCCUGGAAAGUUUCGCAGUUGACGUCGAUGUACUGCAGUACCAAGGUUAUCGCGAAAGCCUUGUUAAAAGUGGUAUUGAUAAAGUCCUCAAGUAUUGCAAUGAUUUGGCCACGGACUUCCAUCAAAUGGUAGAGUGUUGUGGCCUCGAAGUUGAUAUUGCCGAGACCAAUUAA